GCCGUCAGCCAAACCACGCGCAGUCCGCACGCAAUGCGCGAGUAGAAACCAUCGCCUCCGAUCGAGAGCUCAAGCGUUUCUUACAGCAGUAGUAGUGCGCGGGUGAUUAGAGUCGCUAGUCGCCGAUCAAACGGUAGAAGAAGUAGAAGAAGAAGAAGGCAAGAUGAGGGUACGAACGAAGAGUCAGGUGUGCCUUGCGCUGGGCAUAGUGCUGGUGGCUCUCAUAACACCUUGCUGGUCUCUGGCCCUUACGACCUUCGGAAAGUCUAACCCGCAGAAUACGCAGAACAACCAGAACAACGAGAACAAGCAGAAUGGAGAACGAAUACAAGCCCGUGAGUGCGCAUCGGAUUCGGAAUGCGGUGGCAUCAAAGGAGCAUCCUGCCUGGAAAGCAUAUUCGUAAGAGACUCGAAACUUCGAUGUCUGUGCGGUGAUUACACAGAACCACGCAAUGGGCAGUGCAACAACCAAUUCAAAAGUGUCAAAGUGCUGUGCAAUGACAACGAUGAGUGCACCCCGGGAGCUCAAUGCGUGGUUGGCAACGACACAACCCUACCUGGCAGACGCUGCUGGUGUACGCAGGGUUACACCACGGACGUAGACAUGCAGUGUAGUGGUACGCAAAUCCUAGCGAUUUCAGCUCUAACGUUCAUAGCGAGUAUGAUGCUUGCAGGAAAUUUUUAAUUAGCUCAAGAGAAAAGAAGGGCGAAAAGCUAAGUCUCAAAAAAUAGAAAAAUAUACAUAUGAUAGAUGAAACUAACUAAUAUUAUGAUAAUAUUGCAAACAACUGAUUAAGUCUACUACUAUAAGUACAAUAUAUUUUUCUGUUACAAGUUAUUUGUAAAAAAGAGUAUAUAUUUAGAUUUUUCGAAAAUCUUUAGAUUAGUAUCGUUAUAAUAAUAUAUACUAAGAGCUUAUUAAAAAGCCACGAUUGCCUUUGCAACGAAUGCACAAAAUCAAUGAAAGUAGCUGAUUAACCAGGAUGUGUGAAUUUAACAUUAUCUUUAAAUAUAAUUAUAAAAGAACAACGUUCAACUCAAUUAUUAUAAAGAAUUAAAUUAUGUAAGGAUGUAUAUUAAAACGUUCUCAAGUCAUCUUAGAAUUCGUUAAUUUUAACUGAAUAAUUUGAUUCAACCUUUGUCAUGGAUAUAUACAAUAUACAUGUAGAUUUAUAGAUUUAUAACGUUUGUACUUAUAUUAUUGUAAACCGCGACAAGUGUCCUCGCGGUAUAUUGCAUUUUCAUUAUCUUGGAUAAUCGUGCACUACAUAAUAUAUAAUAAAGUCUUAGAUGAAAAUGAAUUAAAGAGUUGAUAAAUCACAACAAUGUU